AUUUUUUUUAAAUAGGCUUUUUUUUAGGUGUCUAAAAUACGUUUUGCUGUCGGCUCCGUCCACAGCAGUACAUUGCUUAGCUUUCGUGAUACUCCUGUCUGUUUCUCCAAACUAGGGGCGUGCCGACCGCCACCUGCUGCAGUUAAUACACUGACUAUGGAUACGUACCUCAUACAACCCCACUUCAAAAAAUCCGAACUAUCCCUUUAAAGCUUUUAUCUUCUAGGCUGAGUAGCUUGAGUUCCGGUUUUACUGUAACUGUAUCACACUCGACGCAGCUCUUCACUCUGAGCUCUGACAAACAUAAGUCUUUCGGUUUGGCUGGAAGGAUACGGAAGACAACUGAACACAGCCAGUACCGAGUGAAUAUUUCAACAGUCCAGCUGUAACUAACCGAACAGUCUGUGUUUUAAGCUAUUUUACAGUCCGUCGGUACCUGCUACACUCGCCCUCCCCUGGUUCACAAAGACUUUGAGUCGCGGUUGCUCAAAUUUUCGGGGAGAAUAUUUAACGGAUAAAAGCGAAAUAACGGACCCGGUUUGGGUGAAAUGUUUGGUUAUCAUUACUGUUCAUUGAGGAGGGUGUCCUACACUGAGCUGUAGUUUCUCUUUCAAGAGGCGAGGAAUGCAAUCUGAGCAUCAAUGUUUCACUGGGGCAAGUGGAAGAAGAGGAUGGGAGCCAAUAGUUCUUCAAAGAGACCAGUUUUCGAUGAAAAGGAAGAUGUGAACUUUGACCACUUCCAGAUAUUGCGGGCCAUUGGGAAGGGGAGCUUCGGAAAGGUAUGCAUUGUACAAAAGAGGGACACGGAGAAGAUGUACGCCAUGAAGUACAUGAACAAACAGCAGUGCAUAGAGAGAGAUGAGGUCCGAAACGUCUUUAGAGAGCUUGAGAUCCUACAGGAAAUUGAACAUGUUUUUUUAGUAAAUCUCUGGUACUCGUUCCAAGAUGAGGAGGACAUGUUCAUGGUGGUGGACCUCCUGCUGGGAGGAGACCUGCGCUACCACCUACAGCAGAGUGUCCAGUUCAGCGAGGACGCUGUCAAACUCUACCUCUGUGAGAUGACACUGGCCCUCGACUACCUGCAGAGCCAGCACAUCAUCCAUAGAGAUGUCAAGCCAGACAAUAUCCUGUUGGAUGAGCAAGGUCACGCUCACCUGACGGACUUCAACAUAGCAACGAUAAUAAAGGAUGGAGAGAGAGCCACGGCCUUAGCUGGAACCAAGCCCUACAUGGCCCCAGAGAUCUUCCAGUCCUUUGUAAGUGGAGGGACAGGCUACGCCUUUGAAGUAGACUGGUGGUCACUAGGGGUGACGGUCUUCGAAGUGCUGCGUGGAUGGAGACCCUAUGACAUCCAUGCCAGUAACUCAGUGGAGUCUCUGAUUCAGCUCUUCAGUACAGUCAGUGUCCAGUACAGCCCAGCAUGGCCCAAGGACCUAGUUUCCCUCAUGAGGAAGCUACUGACAGUGAACCCAGAGCAUCGUUUCUCCAGCUUGUCUGACAUGCAGACAUCUCCCUACCUCGCUGACGUCAACUGGGACGCCGUGUACGAGAAGAAGAUGGAGGCCGGAUUUGUUCCUAAUAAAGGUCGCCUCCACUGUGACCCCACCUUUGAGCUGGAGGAGAUGAUCCUGGAGUCGCGUCCCCUUCACAAGAAGAAGAAGAGGCUGGCCAAGAACCGGUCUCGAGACAACAGCAAGGAUUCACAGUCUGAGAAUGACUAUCUACAGGAGUGCCUUGAAGUGGUGCAGCAAGAGUUCAUGAUCUUCAACCGUGAGAAAUUGAAAAAGCGUCAGGAGGAGGGUCAGUCGGAGGCCGGCGGUGACGAUGCCAGUGGAGACGGGGAUGGAGACGCAGAGGCAGGAGCCACCGAUGAUGACACUGCCGAACCAGAGCCCGAACCAGAUCCUGAGCCGGAGCCCGAGUCCUCCUCCAAACUGAGCAUGUGCGGCUCGGUCUGCUCCUCCCCCGGCAGCUGCUAGCGCCACAUUGCCCCGCAGUGAUGAACACAGGAGUGUUUGUGCCAAGCCAAUACAUACGUUCUCACCUCGUUCCUCUGUUGUAGCCAGGAGCGGAGGAAACGCACAGCAGGGCGACUGACGCACAGCAGGACCCAAAAUGGCUCCCACCAUUUCCUUUAUUUAUUUAGGUUUGUUCUGUAGCAUCCUUCCGGUAAGGCAUGAAUGAAGCAGAGAGAGUCCCCGCCUCCCCCUCCGCCCUAGAGUAAGCUCUAACUUCUAUGCAAUGUUACAGUAUAGCAUGACAAAUAAGGUAUCACUUACUAGGAAGUGUUGUUCACAAGCAGAAUGCUCCACGAGCAUGAUGACAUCCUGAGCAAUAGCAGUCCACGGUUUUUGGGGGAUCGGCGGUUUCGGUGGAGACGCCUCCCCUCUCAGCCUUCCUCUUCUAAAUCUGAUGGGGACGACUGAAUUAUUCAGCACACGCAGGCACUCAGUUUAUGUUUUUGCCUGUGUCUUCAGUUCACUCUUGCCCUCAGCCUCUUUCAUGUAAUGUGUGCCCUAAUUCAGAACAAUCGUUUUUCAUUUUCUCCUGGAGCGCCUUCCUCCUGUUGCAACACCUUUCCAAGACACACUGAAGUUUUCACGGCUGUUUUCAGUCGGCCAAGACAGUGUGACUGGUUUCAUGUUCUAAACCUGUUUAAAGUGGUGCCUGUUGAUGAUAAUCAGUAUUUGUUAAUCACAUUGUUGCCAUGGAUGCAUUAUAGGUUAAUGCUAGUUUGAUUUUCCUCUUUAGCCAACUAUAAUUUCUGAAGUAUUUUCCAAGCUUUUUUUAAGGUGUUAAGGUACUGUAAUUUAUGGGAAAUCAGUGCAACAAUCAGAAUGAAAAGUUUUUCUCGUCACUGUGUUUGUAAUGCUUAAAAGAUGUAGUAUUUCAGCCCUGCGCUUUGCUCUGACUUAGAGGGCAUUCAGAAGUGCUCUGGGGAAUAAAUACCAAUCAUCAACAAUCCUUUAAGAAUCUGUUAGAAAGCUCUGUUAGCUUCACUGCACAUCCUCAUCAUCUCUAAGUGCUCGGUUACUAUAAAGAUCAUCUCUCUGUAGAGCUUGUUUUGGGGCUGUACUUAAAUGUGUAGCUGUGCCCUGUUGGUACUUCAAAUUGUAUAGAUGAGCUAGUCUAUUACUGUCAUAGUGAUAGUGGUACAUUUAAGGUGGCACCAUUAAUCUCAGUUUGAACACCUGGGAACAUGUAGCAAAGGUCCACCUUAAAACCCUAAGGCCUAAUAAAAUGAAAACCUUGUAAAUAGCAUACAGUGUAGGUAAUUAAACUCACCACAGUUUUAUGUGGGACUGCAAACUCGACAUAUUAAACUAAAGGAAGAGCUGUCUGAAGUGGAACCUUCAUACUGCUUCAUUCGGCUCUUCUUUCCAAGUGUGCAGGCACAACUUGUAGGCAAAAUAUGCCAAAGCUUUUCUACCAUUUGCAUAACCAUUUCUAAGGAACUUUGAGUGUGUGAAUGUAUGUCUCUUUUUCCCAGUAUAACAUAAAUUCAAUGUUCCUUCUGCAAGUGAAAAUAAUAUAAUUUAUACAAUCAUAUUGUGAUUCUGUAUAAAGCAUACAUUUCAGGUAAGUUGGGGGGGUGUUAAAGUAAUAGACAUUUUGGGAAAUAGGUUUAUUCACUGUGCAAGACUUCGAUGAGAUGAUUGAUGCCACUCUUAUGUCUGUACAUUAAAUACAUAGAUGGAGCUGGGAGGUGAUUAGCUUAGCGUAGCAUAAAACUCACUAAUUGAAAUAUUGUAUCUUGUGUGUUUAACCCAUACACAAACAGUGAUGUAAAACCGAAAAUUUCUGGGAAAGUUGCAUGCUGCAACUAUUUGGUAACCACAGUGACUCUCUGUAAAUGCUGUUAAGUUCUGGGUGGAUGGAAAAAGUGUUACAUCACAUAACUAUAAAACCACAAAUUAUAUUUUUUAUAUUACUGUUUGUGUACAUAUUUUAAAAAUGAGAUACACUUCAUUUGUGAGCUUUAGGGGUGUGGUUGGUGGAUUUCAAAUGUUGUUUUGGCAGACUCAUUGGAAUGUAACGACCCACAAGGCGAUGGUCACGUGACAGACAGAGGCAUUAAUACAAAACAGUAACCCAGAAAUCAUGUAGUAAAGUAAACAUAAAGUAAUGUACGCUACUGAAGACAUCCUUAACUGUGGUUGUCAAAACAGUAUGUGUAGCCCAGCUAACAAGAAUGCUACCAAAAAGUAGUCCUCCUUCAGUACUUGUAUUGUUUUGAGAAUUACAGAUAAAGAUGUAGUGUAUUCUUAGCUAGCUCUCAUUAGCCACUGGUAAACCCACAUUCAGGAAUCACCCGUCCCCUGUACAAUCUCUGGGGCUAAAAUUAAGCAUGCUGUUGAUAGUCAAUAAAUACCCCCAAAAUGUAGCCUGGCUGGUUGUUAAAUGUUAAUGCCUUAUUUUCUAUUUCUACAUGUGUAAAAUACCGAAUAUGUGAUGUGUGAAUAUAGAGGAUUUGGAGUUGGAGCAUCUUUCAUUGAGCUGGGUUGAGAAACAAAACUAAAGUAACAAAUAAUGUAACUACUUUUUCAAUGAGUAAUGAGUAAUUUAUUACAUUUUUCAAGUAACUUGCCCAUCUUGGGAAAUAACAGUUUUUACGGCCAAUGAUGUAUGCUAGCAGAUUAGCUUGCUAGUAUUAGCGCUAGCUCGGCUGCUUCCAUCAACCGCGUAACCCUUGUCUUGAAGGUUGUAGCGGUCCCUUGAGAGUUUUAUGCUAAGCUAGGCUAAUUGCCUGAUAUCAAUCUUCUCAUCUCACUCUACGCAAAUAAAUGUAUUUUCCAAAAAGUUCAACUAUUUAUUUAAAUGCUAUAUAUUAUGAUUAGAUUAAGAAGCUUCUUUAAAGGGAUAUAAAGUGGCAUCUUCCAGGUCUGCCAAAGCAUAUGAUGAAUUUAAUAGUCUCAGUCCCUGCGCUUGUUUGCAUGUACCUUUACAAUAUAAGCCUGUUUUUGCCGAAGACUGGAGCUUGAGCCUUACCGGCUGAUUUGUGCAUGCACAAGCUUUUGGUAAUCGCAUCCCUCGAUGCUCACCUGAUUAUUGACACAGUCCAAAUCAGAGUAUACUGUAACUGGCCUGCGUGACUGUUUCUGGACAGUGACUUUUGUGAUCAUUAAACUGUACAAAAUUGUAUAAUCCCAGUGUUAUAUGGACGGCAUGAUAUUUUUAGAUGAUACGCAGUACCCUUUGGCAUCCUGUAGGUUGUCUUAAUGCUUUGUUCAAGUAUACAGGCUCGUACCCUUGCCGGAUGAGUGGAAUGAAGUCAGCAGUUGUGUGUGAUGCUCUGUUGUGGGUUAAGUGUUGCGUUAUUGUCUGUGCAACAAAGCAAGAAGAAACUGGAAUUGGGGGCAGAUUUUUCACUUCACCCCAACACAGUAUCUGCUGCAUUACUAAAACUGAAUGUCUUCAUAUGUGGAAAAGAAAGCUCAGUUAUUUCUAAGACUCAUUAAAUCAGUCUACACACCAUAGGAAUUAACAUAAGCCUGAAGUGGAUGUGUAAUUAUAUGUUAAUCAUUUGUAAAUGGAUAAUAACUGAUUUUGACAGUUAAUUUAAGUGUAGCUUUUCUCUAAGUUACAAUCUGCAGUUUUGGCAUUUGUUCCUCGAUAUCAGUGAUAAUUCCUAAUUGGACAGUGCUUGCAAACCCUCCUGACAUGUUUCUUUAUGUGUUAAUGUUUUGGAUGCCGUUAGGUGUUUCAAAAGGCAUUGUGCUAGUGUUUGACCAGCAACAGCAUGUCUCCUAUUCUACUGUUUUCCGAUGGAUGCUCUUGAGGCGUACCAUACUGUAGAUGUCUUAACUCUGUGGAUACAGUUUGAAACUCAGUGCCCUGUUGAGAAAACAAAUCAAGGAGAAGAAAAUGUGAUUUAUGCCGCUCCUUUCCCCCACGUGAUCCUAUUUUGCAUAAUGUUCUUGUGCUGCAGGAUUUUUAGGGGGAAUUAGUGAAAAGCCUUGUAUUGUACCAACUGGAACUGCUCCGUGUGUUUAAAAACAUGCUGCUUUAACUGCUUUGAUAAAGAAAUAAAACUCCUUCCAGUAAUUUGA